AUGUGUCUACCGUGCACGGUAUGGAUCCUUCAAAGAGCAUUCAGCGUUUGUGGCAUCGGCGCUAAGUGCAGAACGGCGGAAAGCUCUGACAAAGAGAGCUACGUUAUCAAGAAUAUGAUCCCAGGCGAGUUCGAGUACCAAUUGAACUUACAACAACAGCUAUCAGCUUUUCCCAACGUGCGAUCCGUUGUCGACACUGUCCCUGACCUCAAUUUAUUUAUAUACCCAUUCCUUGCCGGAGACUUGCUUCAUAUCAAAGCGAACAAUAUCCUUGUUGACUAUGAUGAGAGCAUCCAGGGUCAAACGAUCAUAAAUAACGUUCAGAUCUCGGAUCUUGAGGAUGCAGUUCUUGUGCCACCUGGGAAAUGGCUGAGAGGCCCUCUCUGCGGUAACGCCAUCUGGAGGAGCCCUGAAAGCUGGUGCCGAUCUCGCCAGAACCAAGCAUCAGAUGUGUUUUCUUUUGCAAUUGUGUGUCUUCAGAUGAUUUACGUUAUGCUUAACAAGAUGGUUUUUCGCGUCAGUGACUGCGAGCUUUAUGCGUCAGACUCCUGGCGCUAUGUUCUCCGGAGGCAUAUAUCUUAUUUUGCCGACGAGCAGGGCCUCAAUGGUUUGCUGAAGCAUAUAGGGGAAGAUAACCCUUUUUAUGGGCAAUUAAUAGCACUUACCGGCGACUUCAACUCGGGAAAUCCUCGAAUGCCUUUCGAAGCCUGGGAGUACGUCGAUCCAGAGUUCAGGGACCUCGUGGGCAAGAUGACGAACCUGGAUCCAACCAGAAGAAUCACCGCCAGACAAGCACUUGAGCACAGCUGGUUCAGCCAGGCCAUCUGA